UCUCACUUCUCAAUGUGUCCUUGCCACCGGAACUUCCGUCCUCGAGGUGCUUCAUCGUCUUCCGCCAACGCCGCCGCCACCAGAUCACUCUUCCGACCAGCAUUCGACGUGCUCGAUGUUGAUCGUGAUGGAAAAAUAAGCCACAACGACCUUCAGUCGUCCUACGGCGGGUUUUGCCACCAUGAAACCAAUAAAGGCGACGUGAUAGGGUCGAUGAUGGUGGCGGCGGACACCAACGGAGACGGGUUUGUGGAGUAUGAAGAGUUUGAGAACGUGUUGGAAAUGGCGGGCGGUGGGAAAAGCCCGUGGGGCGGUGGAUUGAUUGAGGAAGUGUUCAGAGUGAUGGACAAGCACGACGGCGACGGCAAGCUUAGCCAUGUUGAUCUGAAAUGCUUCAUGGAGUGGGCUGGGCUCACCGUCACCGACCAAGAUAUCGACGAUAUGAUCUCACUCGGUGGUGGUGACCGAAACGACGGCGUAAGCUUCGAUGGUUUCAUCCAGAUACUUGGUCUUGAAUCUUGAUUCAGAAGGCUUUCGUCGUCCUCAUUGUCUUUCAAUGAGAGUAUGUGAAAAUGAUCGACUGGAAGGUGUUCAUGUAUGAUAAUGACUUGCCUGAAAGUAAUGUAAAUUUUAAUUUAAAGUCAUGUGAAUGGAUGUGAGAGUAAUUUAAAUUGUAAUUUAAAGUCAUGUAAAUGGAUGUUUUGCUACAACCAUGAACUCCAUUUCGCUGUUUGUUUUUGUUAGGCAGACCGCUCAUUUCAAAAAUUAUUAAUUAUUAAUGAACAUUUAUUGAAACUUAUUUGAUAAAUUACUUCUCGUGUCUUAUUUAUAAAGCAAAAAGAUAAAAAUUAUUAUUAGUCAUAUUUAUAGAAUAUUUCAUUGC